CAGCUGCGUCUCUCUCGCUUUCCAACAUCAGAGAAUGUAGGCGCCUCUGACUUGCGCAGGUCGCCAGGACGUGGAACGAGGAGGCAAAGCCGGCUUCUCGCGUGCUUUGCCUUCGGAUGCUGCGAUCCUCGAUAUUCCGCAGUGUACAUAUAUACAGCGGGGGGCAUCGCAGUUGUCCAGGCCCUUUUCGGGUGCCGAGAUUCGGUCUCGUGUUCUCCUCGUCCGCACAUUGGAGGGCAGAGAGGUCCUCGUGAAAACGCGCGCCAAUACUCCUGAGUGAGAGAUGAUGACUCUCGGUACGAUGGUUCGGGUCACGCGAGCAUCUGACUAGUCGUUUUCUCUCGCUGUGAACACCAUCGGUAACACAGAAUCCGUGUAUUACGUCAUUAACUCUCUCCUGCAUUCAACUCUCCACGCCGCAUGUUGAUUCUCCAACGGGCCGGAGCGGCGACUUCGUAUCUCCGCGUCUCAAUUUUCAUCCUCGUUCGGGCAAGACUACCUCACGACGCCUGCUGGGCUCUCUCAGCGUCCUCUUCUCGUUUCUCCUCUCCUUCCUUUCUCCGCUCCCUGGAGUCCUGAAUCCUCCGUUCCCGACCUCCUGCGCCCCUCCUCAAUUCUUUCUUCGUCUGCUUCUUCUCUCUCUCGUCUUCUGCCGGGUCUCGUAUCCUUUCGCCUCUAUAGCUUCCCUUCUCCCUCUCGUCUACCUUCUCUUUGUCUCCUUUCCGUGUUUUCCUCUCUCUAUCUUCUCUUUUUUCUCCAUCUGCGCUUUCCUCCAUCCUCUCCGCUAUCUUCCCUCCCAUUCCUAUGUUCAUCGCCUCUCUUCUCGCUAGCUUCUGUGUGUCUACUCUCUGUCUUUUCUGUUCUUUUCUCUCUGAGACACGAGCGAAAUGUCAGAGGAGAGUGGACGUGGAGGCACGACGGCGCUUCACGCGCCUUUGCCUGUGUUGGACGAGGAGUCUCUGUCGGUGUUGGAAAGGCGUCUGGAAGAAGAGUUGCAUGUGCUCUUCUUCGACAGUCGUCCGGAGGCGAAGACGGCUGCAAAUGCCUGGCUCCUCCAGUUUCAAGAGAAUCCCGAGGCGUGGCAGGUGUCUAGACACCUCCUCUCGCAGCGUCUGUUACUGCCUCUCCAAGACGCGUCUGCCUCGCGCGACGGCGACGAGCAGCUCGUGAUGGUCGCGGCGCAGACGCUUGCGUGGAAAGUUGUGCAGCAGCCACACCACCUGAGUCUGGAGGAGAAGAAACAACUCGCCUGCUUUCUUCUUCAGCUCGUGGUUUCUCUUCAGCAGGCGCAGGACGCCUGUCCGGCCCUCUCUGUCGCUGUCCUUUCGCGGCUCUCGGAGUGCAUUGCUCACUGCAUCAUCCAGAGCGCUGCGGACGCCUCUGUAUGGUCCUCGGCACUCCCCGACCUCCUCGAGUUCGCCCGCUUGCCUGGCAGCUCCUCAAACGACCUCGCCUCUCCUUCGUUCGGUCUCUUCUCUCUGACAUGUUGUACGGCCGUCUGCGUCCUUGCGGCGCUCCCUGACGUCCUCAAAGGCCUCGAUGCCCCCUCGCGCGGAGUGAGGCGCGUUGUGGAGACACCGCAGGCGCUGAGUUGCGAGAAACACUGGAUAGCGGUCUUCGACCUCGCAGCAGAUAUCCUCGUGGCUGCGGCGCAGACGGCUCUUCCGGCUUCUGCGUCGGGCGGUGUCGCCCCCGCCCUCGCAGGCGCCUCUGCGCGGUCCGCGAACUCCGGAAGUCCCUCCGCUUCGCGCUACAGAUCUCUCUGUGUCGAGGGCGCCCUGCAGCUUCUCGUCGCGUGGAUGGGGCUCUGGGACGCGCCUCUUGCUCAGCACGCGACUCUCUGCCGCGCUCUUGCGCAGGUCACGCCGCUCCUAGCGAAGGAAGCUGCGCUCACCGACUGCCUGGUCGCGGCGCUUCCCAAACUGCCUACGUACAUGCAGCUCUGGAGUCUCUCGGGGCCGCCUCAGAGCCUGCACCAGGCGCCCAAGAGUUCAAGCUGCAGCAGUCGGAGCCGCGCGCUCGAGGUCGGGCGUGAGGCCUCGUCGCCUGCUGGCACCCCAGGGGCCUGUGACCCCGCAGACACCUCCCAGCAAGUGCUUCGCGCCUGGAUCGAGGGCGGCCUCCAGGCGACUGGCGGCGAGGGAGAACUUUGUGCCGCCGUGGUGACGCAGCUCGUUGCCUUCUCUGAGCUGUUGCGGCGGGGCGACGCGUGCGUCUCUGGAGCCUGGCAGGGCGACGAAGAGGGUGAGGAACUCGCGCUUCUUCUCCGCUGGGGCACCGUCGUCCAAACGCUCAUCGAGGGCUUUCCGGGGCUGCUUCUGGGGGACUUCGGGGCCGCGUUCUCCGCAGUGCAGGCCGAAGUGAAGCCAGCGGUGAAGCCUGGAGCUCCGGAAACGCAGUCGGUGUGCGGCGACCUCCUCGUGCAGCUGUGGAGACGCCAGCCGCAGACUUGGCUCUGCGCGAGCAACGUAUGGGGCGUGGUAAAGGAGCUCCGACGCGAUCAGCUGCUGCCUCUGCCGAUUCUUCGCCUUCUUCUGCAACGUCUAGCUCCGCCGUGUAUCUCGAGCAUGCUCCAGCACUGCCGGCGAGACAGCCCAGCCUGGGCAGCUGCGCCGGGUGAUGCGCCGCUCCCGGAGACUGUGGAGGAGCGGCGGCUGUUUGUCGAGACAGCUGGAGAUGUGGUGUGCGAUGUCUUCUUCCUCUACGACGCCUGUGGCUCGGAAGACGGUCGCGAGUUCCUCCACUCUAUCGCGCAGAGCAUGCAGGCUGCUCUGCAGCAGCGAGACGCGGCGGGCGCCGAGGUUCUUCUCCUGCUCAGCGACUCCCUGGUCGAGGGAUUGAACGGCAUCCCUCUUCCGCUCGCGCCCCUCUUUCUCUGUCUUCCUGCUCUGCCGGACGACGACCCCGCCUGCGCUGCCGCGGCAGCGAAGAUCUUGAAGAAGGCGGCGAUUCACUUCACCGAGGAAGACCCGGAGUAUGCAGGGCUGAACGCGCCGCCGACGACGACUUGCGCCGCCGCGCUCCUCACGCAGAUCUGGACCGUUGCACUGCAGACGCUGCUGCGCCUGCUGCCCCUCGACCCGCCGCUCGUCGCGGACAGCAUUCUUCAGCUAACCACCUGGGGCGGUCACCACCUGGGGGGGGGCGCAGAGCCGGACGAGGGCGAGGGUGCAGGGCCGAGCCGGAGCGGCGCCGUGGCUCUGCAGGAGCUCGAGUUGUUCUGCAAAUUUGUCGAGGAGACGGCGCCGCAACAGAGCGCCCAGGUCGACGGCACACUGCACGCUGCGGCCGUGAAGCUCGUACUCACGUUCCCGCGCGCGGACGUCCCGCGCCUCUUCAACAGCAGCAUGCGCGGGACCCGCCAGCUCCUCCAGAGGUGCUGCGUAGGCCUCGAGGCCGCAACGAAGGCCAGCGACUCUGCGGCGGCGGCGCAGGCCAUGGCCGCGUGGCGAGGAGACGCCAGUCGCCUCAUUCAGCGCCUCGAACUUUGUUGCUGGGCCCUCUGUGGCGGGCGCGUCUGCACCUCGCGCAACGGGUCGAGCGGCGCGACGGGGUGCGGCGUAAGCACGGGAGAAGACGACGAAAGCCAGGUAGUGCGCGCUGCCCUCGAGUGUUUCUUCAUGGAAGACGACCUCUGGACACUUUGGCUGAAUGUGAUUCGCGGCGCCCUCCUGCUUCAGCCUCAUCCUGUGGGGUCGCCGGGAGGCUCGCCUGCGCCCUUGUUUUCGCCCCUGACCCUCCCAGUAAACGCCGUGACGCGACAGCGCGUCCACCUCAGCGCCCUGGUCGUGGACUUGAAAGGGAAGGAGCCCCUGGAGGCGCCGCAGAGUAACGAGGCCGUACUUGCGGUGCUCGCGAUCCGGUGCAUGCGCCUGCUGCUCCGAGGGCUCGGUUCCAGCUUGACAGCGGCAACUCACGUCUGGCCGGCGGUCGCCGACCUCGUGGGCUCUGAGUUGGUCUCGAGCGCGGUCGCGCUCACGAGCCGCGCCGCGGCCCUCGCGCGACAACAGGCCGCGGAAGGCGCAACGGCCUCUGGGGCUUCCCGCCCCGGGUCGCUCUGCGCCCAAGCGGCCCUCCAGGCCUGUGGGGUGGUGGUUCUCGGAGACCUCCUUCGCAUCGCCCGGGAGGCAUGUCCCGGCGACGAGCGCGGUCCGGCGCAUGCAGACGACGCGCGUGCGCCGCAGGGCCGGCAGCUGCUUCAGGCUGUGAAGAUGUGGGCAUCUCAGCGCCUCAGGCAGAUCACCUCGCUGUUCGUGGACCUCGGACGGCUCCUGACCCCUCAGCAGAACAUCUUCGACAUCUACGCGCCCUUCCUCGACUUCCUGCUCGCGUACGCAGCCGCCGCGCCAGGCGUCCAGGCCUUGACAGGCAGCGCGAGCAAGGGCGGGGCUCUGGGGUGCGUAGGGAUUCGUGAGUUCCGCCGCGGGACCGGCGGGGACCGCGAAGAGAAGGGCGACGGCGGUGCAUGCAGCGAGUUGGAAACUCGCACGGGCGGCGUCCUUGGCCCCAGCGAUAUGUUCUGCCAAGUCGACGUCUUUGAAAUCACGCUGCAGCUUUGCGUGGAGACGGUCCGCCAGUCUCAAGACGCAGAUGUCGCGCGUCAGGCGAUUCUCUACUGCCACGCGUGCAGCACCUGUGGGGCUCUGCAGGUCGACCGCGUCGUCGCAAAGCGCCUGCCAGAGAUCGUCGCCGCGACGUUGGAAAACCUCCACUGCUGGGGUCUCGAAAAUCUCUCAGUCCUUUGGAAGGCCUUCGCGCUCUGGAGCGAGAGAUACGACCAAGUGUUCCUUGCGACCACCUCUCAGUGGCUCACAAACACGAAUGCGCCAUCAACUAUCGAAGCGACGAGAGGGCGCGCGAAUGCGUCGGCGCCUUCUCGACUGCGCGAAAUGGAUCUGGCACAAAAGGAAAUUGUUUUUUGCUGCUUCCGAAGUUUCCGCGGAGCUCGCAUGCGGCAACUGCUCCAAGAUCUGUGCUUGAUCGCGAGCGGGAGUAUCGUCCCCAGUGAUGCACUGGUGGCGUACGAGUAUGCUCUCCAGAGUGACCAGUGCAAGCAAACGGGGCGAGUAGGCCCGGGCAUGGCGCAAGGCGCCAACCCGUCGGUGAUUGAAAUAUCGUGAGGGUAUCUGUCUUGGUGGGUAAAAAUGCUGAGGAUAUUGUGCCCUCGAAGACGUCUGUCUAAGCAGGCCCUUGGCAGCUGUGGAAAGCGGUAAAUGUCUCUGCACUCCGCUGUCGGUGGUUUCUUAAAACUCUGGACUUUGCAUCGAAACCAAGCAAUGACGGCGAGUUGUGGAGUAAAGUGUCAAAUACCUGGAUCCGGGGUGGUGAGGGAGUUUCUAAGCUUUGGAGAAGAUCACAUUUCUUGGGCGUUUUUCACAGAGUGUCUAAGCUUUGGGAGCAGGUCACAUUUUUCUGACAAAGUCGUUUGUUCAGCCGGCUUAGUGACCUAAAACCCAUAUGAAGAGGGUGGCAGCGGUGACGCUCGCCGAGGAAAAAGGUGCGGCAGUCAUCGAACCAAAAGCCAAUUGGAAAGAGAAAAUCCUUUCAAGUAUGGUAGACAAUUACAUUUGUGUUGGUACAGAAUGUCAGAUCUAAUACUGGUUAUCUGAGGUAAAGGGCACAGGACUGAACUGCGGAUUGGCUUCGUGCCCAAAGCAGCACCGCAGCGAGGAAGCGCGAUCGAUGUCGGUAUUGUGAAAGCUGACUUACGCGUGUUUAUCUAAUUAAACGCCAAAUCCAGAUAGUGCGAACUGGAUUCAAGGAUCUAUAGCUUAGGCCAUGUGUCGCUAGCGGCCAACAUCUCUUAUCCACGUGAUAUAUCGAAAACAAGGAGCUCAGAAAAGUUGGUGAAAGGAAGAGGGGCGGACUGGGUCGCGAUUAGCUUGUGCACAGAGCAUCCCGGCGGUCUACGAAGUUGUCGAGUUACUCCUCGUAUCGGCUUGAGAAAACAUGCGCAGUCCUGACUUGUAAAAUGCUCUUGAGAAUGUUUUGGCGAUGAAACAUUACAGCGAUUCUAGUGCUUAACUUCAAGACCCGCAGGACAGGCGCUAGAAGUGUGCCGGUGAGAGUUCUAUGUUUCCCACAUUCCUCUCUUUAGGAACGCGGGC